AUGAAGUAUACUAUUACAUCUAUGCUUAUUGUUUUUGCAUUAUCAUUUCUUAUUCAAAGUGCUGAAUCGUAUUGUAUUUAUAAUUACUUUGACGAUGAUACUUACAUUGAUAUUUACCAAGAAAAUACUUAUUUACCAGUGGGCCGCGCAUUCAGUAAAUCAAUCGGACCAUUAGGAAGUGAAUGUUGUCAUUAUUCUGUUCGUGAUUGCUCUAUUCGACCUAUUGAUUAUGAUUAUGUCUACUUUCAUUUACAAUUCCAUUAUCCAACACAUGAUAGCCCUGCUCGUAGAGCUCGUUGUUAUUCAGGUGGUGCAUUAAUAUUUCAUGGGGAUCAAGACCAUCGUUCGGCUACAUGUAAGCAUCCAAACGGUACUAUGUACGAAAUUCAACUCAAGAGUGUACCAAUGAAAUAA